AUGGACAAUUCAUUACUAGACAACGAGUACAAAGUCUUUAACAUGCGUCGAAGAAUUCCAAUGCAACAUAAUUUCGAAGAAAAUAAUGCAAUAGACGAGAGACGUUGUUCAGCGUCCAAAAAUAGAAAACAUAUUUUUAUAUUUGUUCUGACGAUUUUGAUCGUAGUGCUCAUUAGCGCUCUUAUUGCAUUAAUAGUUCUUAUAGCCCAAACUGGAGUAACAAUAGAUAAGCAACGAUCAAGGCAUCAAAAAGUUUUAUUUGUAAUUGUGGAUGGUGUUUCUGCAGAUGUCAUAGAAAAUAUUAAACGUCCCAACAUGAAAAAGAUUCAAGACAUUGGAAGUUAUAAGAGAACUUAUGUUGGAGGUGACAAUGGCACUUAUUCGGAAACACCUCCUAUUUCGGCAGCUGGUUAUAUGAAUCUACUCACUGGUACAUGGGCUAAUAAACACAAUGUGUAUGAUAAUGAUGUUAACUUUCCCAAUUAUCAUUAUAAAAAUAUUUUUCGACUUUUUAAAGAACAAUAUUUCGAUAAAAAGAUUGCCAUUUUCUCGACUUGGACAAAUAAUCGUAUCAAACUGAUCGGUGAAGGAUUGGUUACGGCAGGUAAUAUUACAUUCGAUUAUAAAUUCGAUGGAUACGAACUCGAUCAGAUUACUUAUCCUCAUGAUCUAGAUGAUCAUUUUAUCUUUGACAUCGAUCAACGUGUGACUAAUGAAACUGUAGCAUGUAUCAAACAAUAUGCACCUGAUCUUUCAUGGGUUUAUUUGCAAUAUACAGAUGACGUCGGCCAUCAGUAUGGAGAUGGUGAAAAAUUCAAUGAAGCAGUUACUGAUGUUGAUCAUCAGAUAGGACAAAUUUGGAAAGCUAUCGAUUAUCGAAUGCAACAUCAUCAAGAAUAUUGGUCAAUUAUUAUUACGACGGAUCAUGGUCGAGCUCCGAUAAACGGCAAAGAGCAUGACAAUCAAACUGAUAGAGAACGAACAACUUGGAUCAUAACAAACAGUCAACAAAUGAAUAGUUACUUUCAUGACUUUGAGCCUGCCAUGGUUGAUUUAUAUCCAACAAUUGCAAAUUGGAUAGGUCUUCGUAUUCCGAUUGAAUCUGAAAGAGAAUUAGAUGGAGUACCGUUGAUAGGAAAAGUAUCAUUAGUGAAACCGGAUGUAAAAUUGUUCGAUAAUAGUUUAAAAAUUAGUUGGACAGUUUUGGAUCAUACUGGAAAUGUCCAAGUGUGGCUGUCAACUACAAAUUCAUAUAAAGACGGUUUGGCAGAUAAUUACUAUUUAAUGGAAACAGUACCCAUAGAUAAAAAUAUGGUUAUCGUUGAUAUUAAAGCAUAUCCAUCAAACUUCUAUAAGGUAGUCCUCGAAGGGCAAUAUAAUAUGGUGAAUAGAUGGGUAUUUCGAUCAUGA